AUGGCAGGGCAGGGCAAGAAACCGCACUUGUCCGGAUACAAUUAUGGCGCCAUCUCCUCUCUUGUGUUGACUGCCGACCGGUCAGCUCUCUCUCGUCGCGACAAGGAGCCAAAUGGUGCACCAACUUCACUCGUUGGUCGUGUCAAUCCUCGCGAUAUGGGCUCCCACGUUCAGUGCGAAACGCCCAAGGACCUCGAAAAGAAGAAAAAGAAGGCUUCCGACGGCCAAGAUGCGUCUGAGAAGCAGCCUGCCAAACGAAAGACACAGGCCACUGGGUUUGGGUACACCGACAUUAUCGAGGCAACCCAGGAUGUGGAGGGCCUUACUUAUCGACCCAUGACGGCCCAAACGCGCGAAGUCUACGAACUCAUCCUGUCGUCUGUCCACACUUCCCUCGGAGACCAGGCGCAAGAUGUUGUUGUUCGGAGUGCUGCCCGACAUGAACGCGAGAUUGAAGAGAUUCUUUCAGUCAGUGUGAACAACGAACAAUUCUCGCAGCUUGUUAGCCUUUCGAAAAAGAUUACCGACUACGGCGCCGAAGAUGAGACCUCGGGGGACCCCGACGUCAAAAAUAUGGAACUGGAUGACGAGGUUGGAGUUGCGGUUGUGUUCGAUGAGAAGGAGGAGCAGGACGAUGACGAAGAAGAAUGUCACCGCUGCCGAGAAAACAACCUCCGUUCUCGAUCCUCGACUCCGAGUCAAGUUUUUCGCGACUGCGAGAACCAACUGAUUGAGCUCUUCGAAUAUCAAAGCUUCCAUAUCACAACCAGAUUCCUCAAAAAUCGCGAUGUCAUCGCCUGGUGCACAAAGCUCAUGCGAAGUAAUGCUGAUGAGCGGGUUAACGUGGAGGUUGCGAUGAGGGAAAGGGGCGUGGGUUGGAUUCUUCGAGCUUUGGGGGAUCGUCAGGCUGGCAAAUCCAAGCCGUCCGAUGCUAUGGACGUCGAUGAACAGAAACACGACGUGCCCAAGACCGCCACUCUAGCCCCUCGAAACGGACCGUGGAUUCGCAAACGAGCCAAUCCUGCUUUGUGCCCCGACUGGUGCUGGAAAGGUUUGACGAAUGUCGCUAUGCUCAUCCUCAACGAGCUCGGCAAACACCGCGACGAAGAGACGGGAAAAUUCGACCUCGAUGCCUUCAAAAUCAUUUACAUCGCCCCGAUAAAGGCGCUGGUGCAGGAGAUGGUCGGCAACUUCUCGUCCAGGCUGAAGGUUUUCGGCAUCACCGUUGGAGAACUGACUGGCGACUCGCAAAUGACGAAACAGCAAAUUGCAGAGACUCAAAUUAUCGUCACGACGCCCGAAAAGUGGGACGUCAUUACACGGAAGAGCACAGACACGUUACACAAAUCUCGGCCUGUUUUGGAGAGCAUCAUCGCUCGAACUAUUCGACGGAUGGAGCAGACAACUGAGUACGUCCGCCUUGUGGGGUUGUCUGCCACUCCUCCCAAUUAUCAGGAUGUCGCCACCUUCCUGCGUGUCGACGACAAGAAGGGUCUUUUCUACUUUGAUUCGACCUACAGGCCUUGUGGGCUGCAACAACCGUUCAUUGGUGUCACAGAGAAGAAGGCAAUCAAGCGAUACCAGAUCACCAACGAGGUCUGCUACGAGAAGAAAUCGCAAAGACAGCCAAGUUUUUUGCGCGAUAUGGCCGUCGAGAAGGAAACGAUUACCCAAUUUGUCAAGCCUAACGCUGCCGUCCGCGAAAUUCUAGCCGAGGAGGCAAACAACGUCAAGGACAGCAAUUUGCGCGACCUUCUUCCUUUCGGUUUCGGUUUUCAUCUGGAAUGUCUCGUCCUUGUUUGUACUGCAACACUCGCUUGGGGAGUCAACUUGCCGGCGCAUACUGUCAUCAUCAAGGGCACCCAAAUAUACAACCACGAGAAAGGGUGUUGGGUCGAACUCUCUUCUCAAGACGUGCUCCAAAUGAUUGGUCGUGCUGGUUAA